AUGUUUAUUUUAAGGUUUCUGCCUAAACCGAAUGCAUCAGAUGCACAGUGGAUUGAACCUGCCACUGGCUGCCAGCACACGGCGCCAUACCGCUUUCACGGCAGCGUUGCGAUGGUUGAAACAACCAAGAAGGACGGCCAAAUGCACCUACUGAGCAUCUGCAGACGAGAGACUGCAACUAUCUUGUCAGCCUCACCUGUGGGCGGCGGCACGCGGAUGUCUGGCGAAUUGGAAGUGGGUGCAGGUGGGGGAGGCGAGCAGAUACGAGCUCCAGACAGGAGACGAAGGGUGGAGAGAACAGGAGAAAGGUGA